AUGCACGAAAAGUCGAGCCAGGCGAAAGCGAACCAUGCGGCUGGCCAAUCAGCGUCUCGUAUUUCUAUUAGCAGUUUCGCUCUGCACCAUGCUCAGCGUCCAAAUCGCCCCUUCGUCAUCGCCCGCAUCGCGCUUGCCGUGGCGUCGGGCUGUCCGUCCAAUGCUACAAGUGGUUCCAGCGGUUGUCCCUGCCGCAUGAAUUACCAAUUGCUAUUCGGCGAACGACAAACAGGUGCCCUGGGCAGGAGUGCAUUGCGCUUAGAUGCUGAAUCAAGGGAGGCUCAAGGCAGGGACAAAGGGGCGGAGUGUUUGUGUCUUGCCCAUUUAACAGGCACAAAGCAAGACCAUUAA